AUGGGCUUCAAGGACCACUUUCACAAAAAGGCGGAGGAUAUAUACCCUGACGCCGAUGUGCCCAGGGAAUCAGUCUCCACAGCAGAGCGUGAGAAGGCCGCACAUGAUGUCGUCGAUACGCCCAUCCCACUGUUGACCUGGCGGUCUGCCCUUAUGGGUGUGUUUGUCUCCAUGGGUGGUUUCCUGUUCGGAUACGACACUGGUCAGAUCUCAGGCUUCCUGGAAAUGAAAAACUUCCUGCAACGCUACGGCCAGCUAGCACCCGAUGGAACCUAUUAUUUCAGCAAUGUGCGCUCGGGUCUUAUCGUUGCUUUGUUGUCGAUCGGUACUUUGAUCGGUGCAUUGAUUGCAGCUUUCAUCGCUGAUCGUAUCGGACGGAAAUGGUCAAUCAGUGGAUGGUGUGUGAUUGUCUGCGUUGGUAUCACUGUGCAGAUUUCUGCACCCAGUGGCAAGUGGUAUCAAGUUGCUGUGGGCCGUUUGGUUGCAGGUUUGGGCGUGGGUGCUUUAUCCCUGCUUGUGCCCAUGUACCAGGCCGAGUCUGGACCGAGACAUAUUCGAGGAUCGUUGAUCAGUACCUACCAGUUGUUCAUCACCUUGGGUAUCUUCGUCGCCAACUGCAUCAACUUCGGAACCGAGGCCAACACCAACACUUCCUCCUGGCGUAUCCCCAUGGGAAUCACCUAUCUCUGGGCCAGCAUCCUGGGAAUAGGAAUGGCCAUGUUCCCCGAAAGUCCUCGCUACGACUACCGCCACGGCAAAGUAGAGAAGGCAAUUGAUACCCUCUCCAAGAUCUACGGUGUCCCUCGCAACCACCGCGCCCUCCACUUGGAGUUCGACGAGAUCAAAGAAAAGUACGAAGAAGAAGUUGAAAACGGCCAAGUCACCUGGAUGCAAUUGUUCCGCGCACCAACAAUGAAAUACCGCGUUGCUGUCGGUGUAGCCCUCCAAGCUUUGCAACAGCUAACCGGUGCAAACUACUUCUUCUACUACGGUACUGUCGUCUUCAAAGGUGCCGGUAUUCAAAACAGUUAUGUUACCCAGAUGAUUCUCGGUGGCGUCAACUUUGGAACUACCUUCCUGGGUCUGUACCUGAUUGAGCACUACGGUCGUCGUCGCUCGCUUAUCGCGGGUGCAUUGUGGAUGUUCGUCUGCUUCAUGAUCUUCGCCUCGGUGGGUCACUUCUCUCUUGAUCAGCAGAAUCCCCAGAAUACGCACUCCGCUGGAGUCGCCAUGGUGGUCUUCGCUUGCCUCUUCAUUCUCGGCUUCGCAAGUACCUGGGGUCCCAUGGUGUGGACAAUCAUCGCCGAGUUGUACCCCUCGCAGUACCGUGCGCGCGCUAUGUCGCUUGCCACUGCGUCCAACUGGUUCUGGAAUUUCCUGCUGGCCUUCUUCACGCCGUUCAUCGUCGGCGCUAUUGACUUCCGAUUCGGUUAUGUCUUUGCGGGCUGUUUGUUCCUUGCGGCGGGUCUGGUAUACUUCGCUGUUAUUGAAGGUCAGGGACGCACGCUUGAGGAAAUUGAUACUAUGUAUCUCAUGAAGGUUAAGCCAUGGGAGAGCUCCAAGUUUGAGUUCCCGGCUGACCCUGGCGUCAUUCGUGGUUCGUUUGAUAAGGGGGGGGGAGCUUCGGCUCAUAUUGCAAACCCUACUGGUGUGCUGCAGGAAGAUGUUCCUACUGUGCCAGACACACAAGGUGCAGAGGCAGGGCCAUCGAAGGCACGAACUGAGGUUUAG